AUGGCUUCUUCAAAGCUACGAGAACCUGCGGACGAGGUUUUUGACCUGGACUUGGCGUGCCAGGAGACGUCCAGAACUGGACCAGCCAGUUUACAUAGCCGGAGCAUACUGCGGCCAGGGAACACCCGACCUUCCGCUUCCAGGCUCGGACGAUGCCCAGCUCUGCAGAAGGGCGGCAAGGCUCCGAUGGGCCAGGAGAGCAAGAGCCGCCCAGCCCCUCGCCCGGCUCUGCACUACCGGCCCCUGCACGCCACCUCUGCACGAGCCUGGCUCCCUCCGCCUCUGCUCGCCGCGCUCGCCCUCCCGGACAGCUCGCCCAGCUUCAUGGUGCCGCCACCCGCGCAGCCGCACAGCAAAGAUGACAGCCGGGACGCCAGCCCCCCUGAGCCUGCCAGCCCCACCAUCGGCCUGGAUAAGAAGACUCGCCGCAAGUUCUUGGACUUGGGGGUCACCUUACGCAGAGCAUCCACUAGCAAGAGCCGGAAGGACAAGAGCAGCAACCGCUUGUCCAUGGGCAGCAGGGAGUCAGUGGAGGGGUCCGGCAGGUCAGGGGGCUCCCCGUUCCUGCCCUUUUCCUGGUUCACAGACAGCGGCAAGGGCUCGGCGUCCUCUGGCAACACCACCUCCCCCGCCUGCUCCCCUAAACACGAGGGCUUCAGCCCGAAGAAGUCAGCUUCUCAGGAAUCCACCCUGAGUGAUGACUCCACACCCCCCAGCAGCAGCCCCAAGAUCCCCAGUGGUCCCCGGCAGGAGACCAAGUGUUCCUACCCCUACCACACGCUGUCCCAAUCUUCGGAUGAGUUCCUGGACGAACCUCUCCCCACUGUCCACCACUGGACCAGUCAGCAGGUGGGCCAGUGGCUGCACAGCCUCAACCUGGAGCAGUAUGCCGCUGAGUUCGCCGCGCGGCAGGUGGAUGGGCCCCAGCUCCUGCAGCUGGAUGGAAGCAAACUGAAGAGCCUGGGGCUCAGCAACUCGCAUGACCGGGCGCUAGUGAAGCGGAAGGUGAAGGAGCUGGCAGCGGCCGCUGAGAAGGAGCGCAAGGCCCAGGAGAAGGCCGCACGGCAGCGCGAGAAACUCCGGCGCAGGGAGCAGGAGGCCAAGAAAAGCUAG